AUGCAGCGGGCUACUAUGGCCAGGGCUAGCAAAGGCUCGACAGGCCAUGUGGGUACCGUGCAGUGGGGAUUGGCCAGAAAGCUGCGAGGAAACAACCUUGAAGGUGACUUUUUGACUGGAGCCCUGGAGACUGGAGCCCUGAAGGUCGAUUUGAUCAAGGUGACGUUGGGACCGUCUCAGAACCGCAAGCAGAAAAAGACGGCGGUUGGCUGUUGUCACCACUCAUCACCCAGUCCUCUCCUUCCACGACAACGCUCAGCGGGUGAACCGUGUCAGCCCCAGAGCCAAUCAGUUUCGGUCUCCCGGUACUGUGGACGGCGAGAAAGCCCCACGCCGACCUCCGUCGGCCUCUACGCCCAAGACUCCGAGACCGCGCCCUCCCUGUUGGUCGCCCGUCACAACCUGCCGUUAUCCGACUUGAUAUAUGCUAUACUCCGUACUGAAAAGCACAGAUCAGACAUCCAAUAUGAUGCUGAGAGAAGCGCCGCGGGCGAUCAAACACUGCACAUUCGUCAGCAGGCAAGGCACCCAGGCGGCACACCUCGAUCGAUCAAAUUGGCUGUAUCCGCAUGUGCGGUGUAUCGUGUACCCCAGCCAAUACCUGGUUUCAUUACCAAUGCUUCCCGACCCCAGAUGUACCUCUCGACGACAUUGGACGAAGCCCACCCGACUCCUACACUGCCAAUUUCACCAGUGACCUCACUUCGGUGCUCCACAGCACACCACACGAUACACUACAAACACAACAGCACGCCGUCGUGGAAUCUCCGCGACAUCCGUGCUGCAUUUCAGCAUGAAAAGCAAGCCUCACAUGAUGCCACCGACCGCGAUGUCUCCCCAAUGACGUGCCUGUCAUUCAAUCGUAUCCCGGGCCUCAUCGUCAGGCCGAUCUUCUUGUGGUAUCACCGACGUGGCAGCCCCCAGCUAACCAGUGUUACUGAUUUGAUCCAAGUUGACAACAGUCUAGACAUGAUCCCCAAGGGCCAAAUACCACCUCAACCCGGACACGCAGCAAUGCAGCAACCCAGGACAACUGCAUUGUCCGUUGCCCCGAUGCAGGGUCCCAUUCGGCGUCAUACCUCGAUGGCCGUUCAUGACCGGCUGGUAGAUAGUAUCCUGUGGCUUGGUGCCAAUAGCUCUUUGGCGUUCCCGGCCCUAGUCGCUUCCGUCGCAGCUGAAUUCACCCAAGCUAGUUCAACGGCCAUGGCUAUCGCUUCUCGACCAUCGAGAUGA